GGCUAAGAUCUCUAGUUCUUAGUUAAAACGUUUUGCUACUGCAACUGCAACUGUACCUUCUUCUACAGAAAAGCUCUUCUCUACUCAUGCUACAUUAAUUUUUCAUUUGCUGUUGUACUGCACUUAAUACAAAAAGAUGCGUGAAGUAGUCUCAAUUCAUAUUGGCCAAUGUGGAUCCCAAGUUGGCAAUGCUUGCUGGGAGCUGUACUGCCUGGAGCAUGGAAUUAAUCCUGGUGGAUCUAUGCCCUCAGACAAAACUGUAGGACAUGGAGACGAUUCAUUCAACACUUUCUUCAGCGAGACUGGUGCCGGAAAGCAUGUGCCUCGUGCAAUUUUUGUUGAUCUUGAACCCUCCGUUAUUGAUGAAGUUCGCACAGGCACUUACCGGCGACUUUUCCACCCUGAGCAACUGAUCACCGGCAAAGAAGAUGCUGCCAACAACUAUGCUCGUGGCCACUACACUGUGGGUAAAACACUUUUGGAUCAGGCAAUAGAUAGGGUUCGCAAGCUUGCUGAUCAGUGCACUGGCCUUCAAGGAUUCAUCAUUUCUCGUUCGUUUGGUGGAGGUACUGGUUCUGGUUUUGCCUCUCUUCUAAUGGAGCGUCUCUCUACCGAUUUUGGAAAGAAAUCGAAGCUCGAAUUUUCUGUUUACCCAGCUCCUCAGAUUUCCACAGCCAUUGUUGAGCCAUACAAUACUGUGCUUACAACCCAUACCACUUUGGAGCAUUCUGAUUGUGCUUUUAUGGUUGAUAAUGAGGCUAUCUACGAUAUUUGCAGGAGAAACCUUAAUAUUGAACGACCUACGUAUGUCAAUCUCAAUCGUCUUUUCGCACAGAUUAUGUCGUCAAUCACAGCUUCACUACGCUUCGAUGGCUCUCUGAAUGUGGAUUUGAACGAAUUUCAGACAAAUCUUGUCCCUUAUCCACGCAUUCAUUUCCCAAUGACUGCCUAUUCCCCUAUCAUCUCCGCUGAGAAGGCCUACCACGAAACUCUAACUACGAUGGAAAUCACUAAUGAUUGUUUUGAGCCUGCCAAUCAGAUGGUGAAGUGUGACCCUCGUCAUGGCAAGUACAUGGCCUGCUGUCUACUCUAUCGUGGUGAUGUUGUUCCCAAAGAUGUGAAUACUGCUAUUUCUAACAUCAAGACCAAGCGAACCAUUCAAUUUGUUGACUGGUGUCCCACCGGCUUCAAGGUAGGCAUUAAUUAUCAAGCUGCAGCAGCCGUCCCUGGUGGUGAUGUGGCUAAAGUUCAACGAUCUGUUUGUAUGCUGUCCAACACGACUGCCAUUGCUGAGGCCUGGGCUCGUCUUGACCACAAGUUCGACUUGAUGUAUGCCAAGCGUGCAUUUGUCCACUGGUAUGUGGGAGAGGGUAUGGAAGAGGGUGAGUUCUCUGAGGCUCGUGAAGAUCUUGCUGCUCUCGAGAAAGAUUAUGAAGAGGUUGGUACUGACAGUAUAGAUGAAGAUGCUGAAGAAGCUAACAAUGAUUACUAGCUAAAGUAUACGUACCAGAAACGAUCUCUACAAAUUCUAUAGGUAUAUUAUAUUAGUCACCUGAUGCAGGAAGUUAUUUAAGCUGUUUUGUGAAUGAGGAAUUACUCAUGCAAAAUUAAUGUUCUUGUUUGAUUUUACACUUG